AUGGCCGAGGACGGUGCUGGUAUGUCGCUGUGCAGUACCUGCUUAGCUAUCGACCUACUCAACAUCCCUGCAUACCCAGAUAAAUACAUCCUGAAUAAAGGAUCUAUUUUUCGACCCACCUUGAGUUUGCUGCAACUUUGGGGUUCUUGGAGAGAAGAAGAGGUGUCACAAUUUGGCGUUCAAUUCCACCGAACUUUCGAAGACCUGUUGGACGCCUCAAAAGAAUGCGCUAUCUGCGCCGCGGUUCUUCACGGCGCUCACAUCUUUAAGAGCUGGUUUACCGAAUUGAGCCAGCAAGAUAAGAAAGAUGAACACAUCAGCAAGUACCUUGAGGACGGAUCAGUUUGGGACAUGCGACUUGUCAAAUACUCCCAGGACACAGAAAACAUCCUGGUCAUAUCAUUCGACGCUGAACACAAUUCCAUCCGCCUGAUCAGUGCUUUCAGACUGUGCGUUUCAGAUGACAGCGAUCCAUUGAGCGCUUCGAUCACUGGACGGUGCUUGAGGAAGAACCCAACAGUUGACUCAAUGACCGACCAAGUUGCGAAAUGGUUGAGAGACUGCGACCGAGAGCAUAUUCAACUCAGGUGCUGUGUAGGCGAGAGGUGCUUGCCGACGAGGGUUCUCGAUGUGGGCAUCGAUGACAAGCAAACCUACAUCAAGUUAUACGAGGCUCGGGAUGCAUGCGGGAAAUACGCCGCUUUGAGUUACAUGUGGGGUCAAGGAAAAGAUCAUUUCAGGACCACCAUGGCGAGCCUUGAGGAACACAAGGAGGGCAUCAUUACUGCGACUAUGCCCCAGACAUUCCAAGAUGCUGUCACCAUGACGCGCAAAUUGGGAAUACGCUACCUCUGGAUUGAUGCGCUCUGCAUCGUUCAAGACGAUAUCGCAGACUGGAGCAGGGAAGCUUCCACGAUGGGCGAUGUUUACUCGAAUGCUUACAUCGUGUUUUCUGUCUUGAAAUCAAGUGAUAAUGGUGUAGGCUUCUUGGGUCCGCCCGAAACACCCCCCUAUGCAAGUUGUACAUCCACUGCUGCCGGUAUGACUGCCACUCUCUAUGUUUGCGCAAUACCUCGCACGCAGGCUUGCUACCUCAGUAGCGAGGACUAUGUGUGGGAUGAGCCUCUCUCGAAGAGAGGCUGGACUCUGCAGGAGCGUUGGCUUGCGCCGCGUCUUGUCCAUUUCGGUUCACAGCAGAUGUCGUUUGAGUGCAACGCGUACUUUUUGUGCCAAGAUGGAACGAAAUUCUCAGGGCGCUACAGCGACGCCAGAAAAGACUGGGACACCGUCGAGGAAGACGAGCGCGCCCUACGAGCUUCUACCGAGUGGACAGAGCUUGUGACCGAGUAUUCUUUACGGAAACUUACCCGUGGCACGGACAAGCUUCCCGCUAUAUCAGGUAUCGCGAGAAUGAUUGCAGGUCAGAUCAACGAUCAGUACGUCGCUGGACUUUGGCGCAAGGCGAUGAUUGAAGGAUUGUCAUGGGAGUGCACUGAACCUGAUCAAGCUGCCACGCAUUACCAAGCACCAUCUUGGUCUUGGGCAUCUCUCAAUGGGCCAAUUUCGCAGCAGAGCUUCGGCAACUUAAUGGGCGAUAAUGGUCUUGAGGUGACGAUUGCGAGCCUCUCGAGGGUUCUGGAUUGUGUAAUUACACCAAAAGGCGAGGACCCAUACGGCGAAGUUCUUACCGGCUCUUUAAAGAUGGAAGGAUUAUUCAAGACCAUAGGUCCUGUGGACUGUCACACAGAGACGAAGGUGAAGUUACACCUGAAGGGUAUUCCCGGAGCUGUCUCCGAAAUGAAGUUUGAUACCACAGAAAGCGCAAGGGAGGCGUCGAAUGCAACACUCAGCUGGUUUAUGCUGUUUCAGAUGACCCAAAUGCACGAGAAGCCUGGGGCCAAGCUCCACAUGCAUCAAGAAGGUAUCGUCAUUAUACCCACGAGCAAUGGCUCGUACCGACGCCUUGGAAAACUACGUAUAGAUUAUGCUACCUGGGGAGACAAUAAGCUGGGAAUCAACUUUGAGACGCGGAACGUGGUUAUAGUAUGA